AUGGACGCGCCCGACUCGCGCGACGCCAGCCCGCGCGCCAGCCCCGUGCACGUGCUGGACUCGCUGCGCAUGGGCAUGCUGUACCAGCACAUGCAGCUCACGCACAUGCAGCUGCCGCCCGCGCCCCGACACACCAUCGACGCCAUCCUCGGUCUCAGCCGCCGCCGCGACGAGGAGCCCGUCUCGCCCGGGGCCAACGAGAGCGCCGGCGAGGGCUCAUGCAACAGCAACGACGGGUACAUGCCGGGGGGCGGCAGCGGUGAGGCGGCGGCGGAGGCGGAUGCCAGCGCCAGCGAGGACGAGGCGCGAGGGGGCGCUGCAUCUGACAAGAAGAAGCAUCGCCGCAACCGCACAACCUUCACCACCUACCAGCUACACGAGCUCGAGCGCGCCUUCGAGAAGAGCCACUACCCCGACGUCUACUCGCGCGAGGAGCUCGCUAUGAAGGUCAACCUACCCGAGGUCAGGGUGCAGGUGUGGUUCCAGAACCGUCGCGCCAAGUGGCGGCGCCAGGAGAAGAUGGAGGCGGCGCGGCUGGGGCUGUCGGAGUACGGGUGUGCGCCCCCGCGCCUCGCCGGCCUGGGCCUGCCCGUCGACCCCUGGCUAGCGCCGCCGCUGCUCACCGCGCUGCCCGGUUUCCUCAGCCACCCGCCGUCAGGCUACCCGAGCUACCUGACGCCCCCCGCGCCGGCGCCCCCUGCGCCUCCCGCGCCCCCCGACCCGCGCUCCUCCUCCAUCGCCGCCCUACGUAUGAAGGCGAAGGAGCACGUCGAGAGCAUCAGUAAGGGCCUGCAGAUGGUCUAG